UAAAUACUAAAUCUUCCAUGCAGCUUUUCACAUAAUCACUAACACCAAAACCUCAUAUUAUUUCCUUCUUUCUUCUGCUCCACUUCAAAGAAUAUUAGUGAGGAUCUAAUAGCAAAAGCAUUAGAGGUGGCAAGUUUUUUCUUUCUACCCAUGACUGAUAGGGCCAGUUACCCCAAAAGGGGUUAUAUCUGGCCACCAAUGACAAUGGCAUUGGCCAUUGUUUUGAUUUCUACUACUGUGGUUUCUGCUGCUGCAGAUAGUUACCUUUACUCUUCUCCUCCACCUCCUUAUGAGUAUAAGUCACCUCCACCUCCAUCUCCUUCACCACCACCUCCUUAUGUGUACAAGUCGCCACCUCCUCCACCACCGUCACCUCCACCACCAUAUGAGCACAAGGCUCCAUCUUAUGAGUACAAGUCACCCCCACCUCCACCACCUUACAUUUACAAGUCUCCACCACCUCCACCCUAUGACCACAAGUCACCAUCUUAUAAGUAUAAGUCUCCCCCGCCUCCUACACCAUCACCCCCACCACCCUAUGUGUACAAGUCACCACCUCCUCCAUCACCAUCACCUCCACCACCUUACAUUUACAAGUCUCCACCACCUCCACCCUAUGAGCACAAGUCACCAUCUUAUGAGUACAAGUCUCCCCCGCCUCCUACACCAUCACCCCCACCACCCUAUGUGUACAAGUCACCACCUCCUCCAUCACCAUCACCUCCACCACCUUACAUUUACAAGUCUCCACCACCUCCACCCUAUGACCACAAGUCUCCAUCUUAUGAGUACAAGUCUCCCCCGCCUCCUUCACCAUCACCCCCACCACCCUAUGUGUACAAGUCACCACCUCCUCCAUCACCAUCACCUCCACCACCUUACAUUUACAAGUCUCCACCACCUCCACCCUAUGACCACAAGUCUCCAUCUUAUGAGUACAAGUCUCCCCCUCCUCCUUCACCAUCACCCCCACCACCAUAUGUGUACAAGUCACCACCUCCUCCAUCACCAUCACCUCCACCACCUUACAUAUACAAGUCUCCACCACCUCCACCCUAUGAGCGCAAAUCUCCAUCUUAUGAGUACAAGUCUCCCCCACCACCAUACGUGUACAAGUCACCACCUCCUCCAUCACCCCCACCUCCAUACAUAUACAAGUCACCGCCUCAACCACCUUAUGAACACAAGUCUCCACCAUACUAUUACAAGAGCCCUCCACCACCCUCUCCCUCACCUCCGCCUCCUUAUUAUUACAAAUCCCCCCCACCCCCAUCACCAUCUCCACCACCACCUUACUAUUACAAAUCUCCUCCCCCGCCAUCUCCUAUUCCCCAUACACCUUACUACUACAAGUCCCCACCACCACCUAAGUAUCUUCCACCACCAUACUAUUAUAACUCUCCUCCUCCACAUGUUGUGUAUCCUCAACCACACCCCUACCACCACUCAUUGAUUGUGAAGGUAGUGGGUAAAGUUUACAGCUUUAGGUGUUAUGACUGGGAGUAUCCUGAAAAGUCUCAUGACAAGAAACACCUCAAAGGAGCUAUUGUGGAGGUGAAAUGCAAAGCUGGAAGAAAAAUCAUCAAGGCUUAUGGCAAAACUAAGAUCAAUGGAAAAUACAGCAUCACAGUUAAGGACUUCGACUAUAUCAAAUAUGGUCCAACAGUAUGCAAGGCUGUGAUUUAUGCUCCACCUAAUGGAUCUCCCUUCAACAUACCUACAAAGCUAAAUGAGGGAACCAACUUAGAAUUGAAAUCCAAAGACAAGUACGAGGUUGUUCUUAAGGCUAAGCCAUUUGCUUAUGCCUCAAAGAAACAUUUUAAAGAAUGUGAAAAGCCCAAGCCUUCACCAACUCCUUACUACUACAAAUCACCUCCUCAUCCAACACCAGUUUACAAGUACAAGUCACCACCUCCACCGGUCCAUUAUUAUUCUCCACCAUAUUACUACAAGUCACCACCUCCUCCAGUUAAAUCACCACUACCUCCUUAUUAUUACAAGUCUCCACCUCCGCCAUCACCCACUCCUCAUCCAUAUUAUUAUAAAUCUCCCCCACCACCUUCACCAUCACCUCCUCCACCUUAUUAUUAUAAAUCUCCUCCUCCACCCAAAGAGAUAUCACACCCUCCAUACUACUACAAGUCACCACCCCUACCAUCACCAUCACCUCCUCCACCAUACUAUUAUAAGUCCCCACCUCCACCAUCACCAUCUCCACCACCACCUUACUAUUAUAAGUCACCUCCUCCACCCAAAGAGAUUUCACACCCUCCAUACUACUAUAAGUCACCACCCCCACCAUCCCCGUCCCCUCCUCCACCAUACUACUACAAGUCCCCACCUCCACCCAAAGAGAUUUCACACCCUCCAUACUACUAUAAGUCACCACCCCCACCAUCCCCUUCCCCUCCUCCACCAUACUAUUAUAAGUCCCCACCACCACCCAAAGAGAUUUCACACCCUCCAUACUACUAUAAAUCACCACCCCCACCAUCUUCAUCCCCUCCUCCACCCUACUACUAUAAGUCACCACCUCCACCAACACCAUCCCCACCCCCACCGUACUACUACAAAUCUCCUCCACCACCAUCAUCAUCACCACCACCUCCCUACUAUUACAAAUCACCUCCGCCACCAUCCCCAUCCCCUCCACCUCCAUACUACUACAAAAGUCCCCCUCCACCAUCUCCUUCUCCUCCUCCUCCCUAUUACUACAAAUCACCACCACCACCAUCACCAUCUCCACCUCCUCCCUACUAUUACAAAUCACCUCCACCACCAUCACCUUCACCGCCACCUCCUUACUAUUACAAAUCUCCCCCACCUCCAUCUCCAUCUCCACCACCUCCUUAUCACUAUCAAAGUCCUCCACCGCCAUCUCACAUUUCUCAUCCUCCCUACUACUACAAAUCCCCUCCACCACCGUCGCCAUCUCCUCCACCUCCUUACCACUAUGUGAGUCCUCCCCCACCAGUAAAGUCGCCUGCACCACCAGCUUACAUCUAUGCUUCUCCACCACCACCUAUCUACAAUUAAGCUCGGAAUGCCAAAACACCAUUGGUGAUCAAUCAAGUUAUAGUUUUCUUCGAGUAAUAAAGGCAAGCUCCAUUUGGAGCAAAGUGAAACAUCUAGCUUCCUGUCCAUAUUCUUUUAAUAAACGUUUGAAUUUAUCAUCUUUGAGCUACGAUAUUCGUGAUUUUGAUGAGAUUGAGUUCAUUGCUAUGAUGGCCAUCUUUCACUUUCUAAUCUUAAUGUGUUCAAGUGAUAGACAAAUCAAAAAGUGGAAGCAAGAUUAAUUUAUCUGUGAUCUCUUUGAUUUAUAUGUGUUUAGAUUAUAUGGCCAUGUAUGAUAGCUUUUUUAUAUUUAUUGCGGCUUUUUUGUAUUGUGCCCUGUUGUUGUGUAUCAAAAAGAAAUGUUGAUAAUGAAGAAUCACUUUGAAUUUAUGCCCA